AUGGGAUUAAAUUCAUAUUCCAUUUCGUCGUCCACCACAUGCUCAAUUCCAAUAAAAACAUUAAUUGUUUUCACACAAUCCGAUUCAAUAAUAGGAGAUGCAAUUGUUGGUUCCAAAUCUCUUAGUAUUCUUGGUUCAUCAGGUAUCAAAGCUAUUGCAUUUUUAGAAAAUGGUAAACUUAAGUUAUCAUCAACAAGUGGUACACAAACUUGUAAAUUUAUCGCUUACGACUAUUCGAAAGCAGAAGAUUAUUGUACUUAUGUAACAAUCCUUUCUGGUAAAGUUAAAUACACAUUGAGUCCGGCAGGCAGCUAUACAUACUGCAUUGUAUCUGCUUUCUCAGAAGUACAACUUAAAAUUGAGACUGAUGAGCAAAAUCAUUAUUCAUAUAAUGUGAAUAAUUUAAUGGAAUACGGUCAAACAUCUUCUGAUGAAACUGUAACCAGUCCUGUUAUAACAUAUGCAGGUCAAUAUUAUACAUAUUCUAGCACAAUUAAGUUUAAUUUAAGUGGAUCAUCAAGUGACGAAAGUUUUAUUAUUGAUGGAUCUGAGUCUAAAUACGAUUUUUACACUAUUUCUUCUACAUCAUCUUCACAAAUGAAUACAGGUGAUGCAGUUGGAAAAGCAAGUAUUGGCGGUCUUAAACCAUGGGCAAUUGCUCUGAUUGUUAUCUUUGUUAUAAUUGCUUUUAUUGUAAUUAUAGUCUUAAUUUGCGUCUGCUGUUGUGACAAAAGAUGUUGCUGCUGCUCAUCAUCAAAAGUAUCAGCAUCAAAAGAAGAGAAUAAUGCACGUCCUGCACAAAGAGAAUCAACAUCAAAUAACAAUAACACAGCAUAUCCUGCUCAAAGAAUAUCACAAUCAAAUAACAAUAACUCGGCAUAUCCUGCACAAAUGGCUUCAUCUUCAAAUAACAAUAGUAAAGCGCGUCCUGUCCAAAGAGUUGAAGAAACCAACUCAACUACAAUUAAAGUUAAUGUUGUUAAUACAACAUAUAUUGCACCGCCACCAUCACAGCCGCCGCAACCUCAGCAAACUCAGCCCAAUUAUAUUCCACCACCUCCACAAACACCUGUUUACGUCGCGCCACCACAUCAAUCAGUUUAUGGAGUACCUCCGCAGCAACCGGUUUAUGGAGUACCUCCACAGCAACCGGUUUAUGGAGCACCUCCACCUGUUUAUGGAGCUCCUCCGCAACAGCCGGCAGCUUAUAUAGCACCAGCACCAGCUCCAUCAUAUAGCGCCCCAGAAACCAAAGAUAACUAUUACAACCCAUACAACUAA